AUGUCUGACUCUACUGUUGAUCCUGAUCAAUUUACCCGCCAGGGUUCUAUUACCAAGACAUACUAUCGCGAUGUCUAUUCAGCUAUUGAGCCGUCCAAGCCGGAAUUAUCUCAGGCAGGGAAGGUGACCAUUGUCACUGGAGCAGGCAAGGGAAUUGGCAGGGCCAUCGCACAAACCCACGCGAAAUCGGGUGUUAAAGGCUUGGUUCUCAUUACACAAUCUGCUCAAUCUGCCGAGGAUACUAAGGCUAUUGUUGAAGCGGAAUACCCAUCGGUCGAGGUGCUUGCUCUUCCCACCGAUAUCUUGGAUGAAGAGGCCGUUGCUCGCACUUUCGAAGCCAUCAAAAGCAAGUUCGGAACUGCGCACACUCUGAUCAACAACGCCGGUGUCUUUUCGUCAGUGGCUCCCAUUGAGCAGUCGGACUCCACAACGUGGUGGAAGGACUUUGAAGUCAACGUGCGCGGCACAUAUCAUGUUACGGCAGCAUUCUUGCGUCUGAUCGCCGGGACCCCGGAUAUUGAACCUACGAUCGUGAACCUGAUUAGUUCGAUCGCGUUAACUCCUCCGGCAUUGAGCAGCUACUUUAUGAGUAAGCUAAGUGUGGCUAAGUUCACCGAGUUUGUGAGCACAGAAUAUUCCCGAGUGGCCGCAUACAGCUUGGCACCAGGAAUUGUCCUCACGAGCAUGACACUGGAUGGCUUCAAACCAUAUGCUAAAGAUACUGCGGAGCUAUCAGGAGCUGUCACCGUGUAUUUGGCUGCCAAGCGCCCUGGGUAUCUCAAUGGCCGUCACCUCUCUGCCAAUUGGGACUUGGAAGAGUUGGAAGCCCGCAAAGAUGAGUUCGCUUCUUCAGAUAAGCUGAAGGUCGGUCAAUUCUGUUGA